AUGUUUGCUCAAAUUCUGCUUCUUCUUUUUCAUUUUUGCUCUGGUAACACCACGAACAAUAACGAGACGAAUUUGGAUGACAUCAUCCUCACCCAGUCCCGAGCACUAGAAGCCGCAACCUUCCUUCUAGCUAACCAGAACCGAAUGGAAACCCAGCUUCGCAUCCUCGAAGAAAAACUAGAUCAAAUGGAGGGAAAGGAAACAGCUGCCAAAGAAGAAGGAACCAGUUCUGUUAAAACCACUGAGCCAGUAGCUGAAUUCGCUAAAAUGCAGAAAACUCUUGAAGAAAUCAAUGCGCCUUGA